AUGGAUUACAAGGACGAGAAGAUACUUGACACUGAGAGACUCGAGAGAGUGGACUCAGACGACUCCGAGGCCAUCAACAAUGCUCACAUCGAUGCCUUCACUCCUGCAGAGCAGAAGGCGAUCAUCCGCAAGAUCGAUUUGCGCUUGGUCCCAACUCUCGGCUUCAUGUACUGUGUGUCACUGAUGGACCGAACCAACCUUGGUAUCGCUGUCGUUGCUGGCAUGGGUACCGACCUUGUUUUGGCUGGCGAGAGGUACAGCAUCAUUGUACUCGUCUUCUUUAUCACCUACGUUGCCCUGCAACCACCUGCCACUGUCAUUCUCCGAAAGCUGGGUCCCCGUGUGUUCUUGCCUUCCAUCGUCAUUCUUUGGGGUUUAGCUAUGGUCGGAUUUGGUUUCGUCAAGACAUGGACUGACCUGCUCCCUCUACGUCUCGUACUCGGAAUAUUCGAAGCUGGAUUCUUCCCAGGCUGCGCUUACCUUUUGAGCUGUUGGUAUCCACGCUACGAACUUCAGAAGCGCAAUGCGGUCUUCUACCUAAUCGGCAGCAUGUCCUCAGCUUUCUCAGGUAUCCUAGCUUAUGGCUUCUCCCAACUACAAAACCACGGUGUUCAAUUUGGUGCUCCAUGGCUCGGUGUCCACCACGGUCCCACGAAGAAGAACCCAACAGCUCCUAGAUACUUCGGUCCUGGCCUCUCAGGCUGGCGGUGGAUUUUCAUCCUCCAAGGUCUUGUCACUGUUGUGGUCGGCCUCAUUGGCUGGUACUUCAUUGUUGACUUCCCAGAACUCGCCGCCAAGAAGGGUCUCGGCAAGAAGUUCCUCACCGAAAAGGAGGUCGAAUUCGUCGUUGCUCGAAUUGAGAAAGAUCGUCACGAUGCUAUCCCGGAAGCAUUCAGCAUCGGCAAAUACCUCAGAAACGCUCUUGACCUCAAGGUCUGGGGCUUUGCAACACUUUUCAUGCUUACCACCACCAUGACCUAUGCCAUUGCAUACUUCCUCCCCAUCAUUCUACAAGUCGGAAUGGGCUUCUCGGUCGCUGAGGCUCAAUGCUUGAUUGCACCACCAUACAUCCUCGCAGCAAUCGUCAUGUUCGCCUUUGCCUGGGCUGGCGACAAGUACCACAUUCGAUCUCCUUUCAUCAUCGCCAACGGCUGCAUGGGUCUCAUCGGUAUCGCCCUCCUCGGCUACGUCCACAACGUCGGUGUCCGAUACUUCGGUGUCUUCCUUGCAACCACUGCUGCCAACGCCAAUGUUCCUUGCGUUUUGACAUGGCAAGCUAACAACAUCCGAGGCCAGUGGAAGCGAGCUCUUUGCUCCGCCACCCUCGUCGGUGCUGGUGGUAUUGGUGGUAUCAUCGGUGGUACUGUGUUCAGAGAGCAGGACAAGCCAGCCUAUGGUCCAGGUAUGUUGACCUGCAUGCUUGCUGCCGCCUUGAUCAUCGUCAUCACUCUGCUCUUGGAUCUCAAGUUCUACCGAGCAAACAAGAGAGUCACCGACAACCCUAACGCUAAGCCGAUUGAGGGCUUGGUAGGAUUCAAGUAUACUUUGUAG